GUCCUUGGCCUGCGUGGUCAUUGUUGUCGCCAUGGUUGCCAGCAAGGUGGUACCCGAGAGAGGUGCCCGUGAAGAGUUCACGACGUCAUCACAAGAGGAGUUCCUGUCCAGUCUGGACCAGUAUGAGAUCGCCAUCCCGGUGCGCGUGGGUCCUGGUGGGGAGACCCUGGAGACCGAGAACCCUCAGCAUCAGCACAGCGCUCACAGGCGCCAACGCCGCAACAGCGCCGGUGACGAGGCGCAGUUGUACUACCAGCUGGCCACGCAGCACAGCAGCUUCCUGCUCAACCUGACGCUGCAGACGGGGCUGCUGUCGCGCCAGUUCCGCGUGGAGUACUGGAGCCGCGGCCGGCUGGCCUGGAGCCACCCCUACGCGCCCAGCUGCCACUACACCGGCCACCUGCAGCACCAGCACCACUCCAGCCAGGUCGCCCUCAGCAACUGUGAUGGCCUGAGGGGGGUGAUCAUGGCUGGGGGUGAGGAGUUCCUGAUCGAGCCCCUCGGCUCCCCCGAGAACCUCACCAGCAUCGAGGGCCGUGAAGGGCGCCCCCAUGUGGUCUACAAGAGGUCAUCGCUGAGGCACCAGUACCUGGACCAGUCGUGUGGCGUCAUCGAUGAGAAGCCGGGGAAGACGCUGGCGUGGUGGCAGCGCACGCUCAAGACGCCGCCCGAUCACAUGGCCCGGGGCCAGCUGCCGCUCAAGCGCUCGGUGAGCCGCGAGCGCUACGUGGAGACGCUGGUCGUGGCCGACAAGAUGAUGGUCGGUUACCAUGGCCGCAGGGACAUCGAGCAGUACAUCUUGGCCGUGAUGAAUGUUGUUGCCAAACUCUUCCAUGAUUCUAGCCUGGGGAAUGCUGUGAAUAUUGUAGUCACUCGGCUCAUCCUGCUGAUGGAGGAUCAGCCCACCUUAGAGGUCAACCACCACGCGGGGAAGUCGCUGGACAGCUUCUGUAAGUGGCAGAAGGCCAUCCUGCACCGCAACGGCAACGGCAACGCCAUCCCUGACAACGGCAUAGCACACCACGACACCGCCGUGCUCAUCACCAGGUAUGACAUCUGCAUCUACAAGAACAAACCAUGUGGGACAUUAGGUCUGGCUCCAGUAGGGGGGAUGUGUGAGCCGGAGAGGAGCUGCAGUAUUAACGAGGACAUCGGCCUGGCAACCGCUUUCACCAUCGCACACGAGAUAGGACACACGUUUGGGAUGAACCACGACGGCGUGGGGAACGCGUGCGGCUCCCGCAGUCAGGAGACGGCCAAGCUGAUGGCCGCCCACAUCACCAUGAAGACCAACCCCUUCGCCUGGUCCGCCUGCAGCCGCGACUACAUCACCAACUUCCUGGACUCAGGCAUGGGCUCGUGCCUCAACAACAUCCCCCCGAAGCAGGAGUUUGUGUACCCGUCCACCGCUCCUGGGCAGGUGUACGACGCCGACGAGCAGUGCCGCUUCCAGUACGGAGUCAAGUCCCGGCAGUGCAAAUACGGGGAGGUGUGUAGUGAGCUGUGGUGUAUGAGUAAGAGUAACCGCUGCAUCACCAGCAGCAUCCCGGCAGCAGAGGGGACCAUUUGCCAGACCAACACCAUCGAGAAAGGGUGGUGCUAUAAGCGCUUGUGUGUGGCCUACGGCACGCGCCCCGAGGGCGUGGACGGUGGGUGGAGCUUGUGGUCGCCGUGGGAGGAGUGCAGUCGCACCUGUGGAGGCGGAGUCUCCUCGUCUGUCCGUCACUGUGACAGCCCCAGGCCCACUGUCGGCGGACGGUACUGUUUGGGGGAGAGGAAGCGCUUCAGGUCCUGCAACAUCGACGAGUGCCCGGCCGGAUCUCAGGACUUCCGUGAGAUUCAGUGCUCUGACUUUGACAACGUGCCUUUCAGAGGGAAAUUCUACACAUGGAAACCCUACAGAGGGGGUGGGGUGAAGUCCUGCUCUCUGAACUGCCUGGCGGAAGGAUAUAACUUCUACACGGAGAGGGCGCCAGCGGUGGUGGACGGAACUCCAUGCAGGGACGACUCACUGGACGUCUGCGUCAACGGAGACUGCAAGCACGUGGGCUGCGACCGCAUCCUGGGCUCGGACGUCCGAGAGGACCGCUGCCGCGUGUGUGGGGGGGACGGCAGCACCUGCGCCGCCAUCGAGGGAGUCUUCAACGACACGCUGCCUGAAGGAGGUUAUGAAGAAGUUGUCCGGAUUCCCAAAGGCUCAGUCUUCAUCCACAUCCAAGAGCUCAACGUCUCCCUCAACUACUUGGUGCUGAAGAGCAAAGGCGAUCAGUACUUCAUCAAUGGAAAGCUGACCAUCGACACCCCCCGCCGCUUUGACAUUGCCGGGACGACCUUUCACUACCGGCGCCCUGCCGACGAGCCCGAGUCUCUGGAGGCCCUCGGGCCUACAAACAUCACCCUGAUCGUCAUGGUGCUGGUGAGAGAGGAGAACCCUGGAAUAGUGUACCGCUUCAACCCCCCUGUGAGCCGAGACCUCCUCAGUGGAUACGCAUGGCACUACACAUCCUGGAGCCGCUGCUCUGAGCUCUGUGCUGGAGGGGUGCAGGCUCAGCAGGUGGUGUGUAAGAAGCAGGCGGACCACUCCGUAGUGUACAGCCACUUCUGCGACAAGAAGAACAAACCCAAGGACAAGAAGAGGACAUGUAACACAGAGCCCUGCUCCCCAACCUGGUGGACGGGCGAGUGGUCGGAGUGCAGCCGCAGCUGUAACGGGGGCGUGCGUACGCGGGAGAUCCUGUGCAAGAGGAAGGUGGCGGGCGCUGAGGAGAAGGUCCAGGACGACUCCGUCUGCCCCACGCCCCGACCCCCCCUCACAGAGCCCUGCAACAACCACAGCUGCCCCCCCGAGUGGCUCGCCCUCAACUGGUCCGAGUGCUCCCCCAGCUGCGGUCCCGGGUUCAGGCACCGGGUGGUGCUGUGUAAGAGUGGGGCCAGCGGGGACACGCUGCCCGAGUCCGACUGCCCCAAACUGGGCCGCCCGUCCAGCAGGGUGCGCUGUAACCUGCAGCGCUGCCCGCCGCCGCUCUGGGUGCCCGGCCCGUGGGGCGAGUGUUCUGCUAAGUGUGGUUUGGGGCAGCAGAUGCGGUUGGUGAGGUGUCUGACCAACACUGGGCUGCCGUCGUCUGAGUGUCCCGACCUCCAGAGGCCGUCCAGCAUGCAGCAGUGCAGGAGCAAGUGUGACCUCGUCCUCUUCAGCCCCACCGACAAUCCUGAGGAGUGCAAAGAUGUGAACACAGUGGCAUACUGCCCCCUGGUGCUCAGGUUCAAGUUCUGCAGCCGGCCGUAUUUCAGGCAGAUGUGCUGUAAGACCUGCCAAGGACACUGACCUCCGGUGCUGCCGGUUCCUCCGGUUCCUCCGCUCUCUCUGUCCACCACUCCACGGUUCCUGACUCCCCACCCCAGACAGCAGUUGACUCUGGAACAGAACCGGUCCGAGUGCGGCCCGUCUAAACCCAAGUCACCAGGACGGGGGUGCGAUUCCUGCAGUAGUCGGGCGAUACGGUUCCUAGAACGCUAGAGACACACUCUCAGUGGUUUAGUUGCUGUGGUGGUUGCUCAGCAACACUACCCCAGGAAACGCACCCCCUGUCCCUGGAGUUAGCUGCUCUCUGAGGUCACUUCCUGUUCUGUGAAACCCUCUGACGGGGAGACGUGUGGGCGAGCGGGACGCUGGCGAGAGGAGGACGAGCGACGGAGGCGGAGGCGGAGGGAGACGGACGCGCGAGACUUUAGCUGCUGUCGGUUACCGUGGGGACCUGUGAGACCAGCCGACCCCCGAUGCUGCUGCCCCUGCUGCUGGUGAGGAGUCGGAUCAGCUCCCUGAACAUCCUCCCUCCAUCGCCAUAGCAACGUGCCAUCAGAGCUACAAACAUCCCACCGGAGGGGGCUCCGCCAGCUCCUCUCUGGAAGCAUCAGUUGUCCGUUUGUUUGUUUGUUUGUUUGUUGUUGUCUUCUCUUGACACAACAAAGAUCAGCUUAUCUGA